GCGAUACCCUCCAGCGCGGGGUUGGCGGCGCGCGCCGGCCGUGCCCGCGGGCGCAGGAGGGCGCGGGGGAUGUCGGCCACGUGCGCCGUGUCCCGGAAAGCGCCGCUGCCAAGGCCGCGUCCGCAGGGCGAGAGGGAGCCGCCCGCCAAGGUGAUGCGCAGGGGGCUGCGGCGAGGCAGCGAGGAGGAGCGGGAGCAGCUGCCGUGGCCGGGAGAGAGUGCGAGCGGCAUGGGCGCGGAGGCCGAGGCGGAGCGGGCGGCACCGCUGAGCGACGAGCGGCGGAGGCGGCUGCCUUUAGAGCCGAGGGCGCCGACGACGGCGUCGGCCAGGGCGGUGGAGGAGGAGGAACGUCUGGAGCGGGAACAUUUUCGGAGGAUCAUCAACGCUUUCCGAUAUUACGGAACGAAUAUGCAUGAACGAGUGAACAGAACAGAGAGGCAGUUUAAGUCUCUCCCAGCUAACCAACAGAGUCUUCUUCCUCAAUUUCUCCCUCACCUUGACAAGAUUCGGAAGUGCAUUGAUCAUAAUCAAGAAAUACUACAAACCAUUGUGAAUGACUGUGUUCAUAUGUUUGAAAAUAAGGAAUAUGGAGAAGAUGGAAGUGGGAAGAUUACACCAGCUUCAACAUUUGACAUGGAUAAAUUAAAGUCCACAUUGAAACAAUUUGUGAGAGACUGGAGUGAAGAGGGAAAGUCUGAGAGGGAUUCCUGCUACCAGCCAAUUAUUAGUGAAAUUAUAAAGAACUUUCCUAAAGAAAGAUGGGAUUUCUCCAAAGUUAAUAUCCUGGUACCUGGUGCUGGGCUAGGUAGAUUGGCGUGGGAAAUAGCUAUGCUCGGUUAUGCUUGCCAAGGAAAUGAAUGGAGCCUCUUUAUGCUCUUUUCUUCUAACUUUGUACUCAACAGAUGCUCUCAAAUUAAUUCAUGUAAGCUUUAUCCCUGGAUUCAUCAAUUUAGCAAUAACAGAAGAUCUGCUGAUCAGAUACGACCAAUUUAUUUCCCAGAUGUUGAUCCUCACAGUCUUCCUUCUGGUUCAAACUUCUCUAUGACAGCAGGGGAUUUUCAGGAAAUUUAUUCUGAGUGCAAUACGUGGGACUGCGUAGCAACUUGCUUUUUCAUAGAUACAGCACAUAAUGUUAUUGAUUAUAUUGAUACUAUAUGGAAAAUACUUAAGCCUGGAGGAAUAUGGAUAAAUGUAGGUCCUCUCCUUUACCAUUUUGAAAAUUUGGGAAAUGAACUUUCCAUAGAAUUAAGCUAUGAGGAUAUAAAAAAUGUUAUCCUGCAAUAUGGAUUCCAUAUAGAGGUGGAGAAAGAAUCUGUACUGUCAACUUACACUGUGAAUGAACUCUCCAUGAUGAAAUACUACUAUGAAUGUGUGUUGUUUGUGGUGAGAAAACCAGAAUAGUAGUGGUUUGAAUAGGUUAAUGAGUAAAUGAUAUUCGCUUGAAAGCUAGAAAUGAGAAUAAAAUCAUCUGGUGAUGUGUGGACACAACCUCAAAUCAGUGGUGCCUUCUUGUUCCUAAGAGGAUAUAGAUAGUGUCUAUUUUCUUAAUAUCUCUGUUGCUAUUCAGACAUAUACUAUGCCAUGGAUAUUUGUAAUACACUUGUGAAAGAUUAAAUGUUCACAUGCACUGUCUUUGUGCUUUGGAAUGCAUUAAAUAGAAAAGCAAAAGUGUUUUCUUGGGGACAAAAUUUAAUGUUUGCCAUAACUAGGCUAAUUCUCUGCUAAUGAUGCCUCAUUUUUCAUAGAUUUGUAGUGCUUUUUUUUCCUACUUGAUGAUGUUAGGGGAAUGCAUGGAGGUGCUUACUGUACUAGCUAUAUCACUUUUAGAGAAGUAUUUGUGAAUGUAUACUUAAAUUAUGAAGUCUGAAAUAGGUGGGAAGUGGUAAAAUUAUUCUUGAACAGAUAAAUUAGUCAUCAGAACUGUUAGAACAUUUCCUGUGCAACUGAAGUAAAAUAGGAUAUUAUACAAAUUCUGUUCUUGGGCUGUACCACUGUUAAAGGUUUAAUGAAAAAACAGAACUGAUAGGAAAUUAGAAAUGCUACAUGGAAGCAGAAUACUGAGUGAAGAAAAAGCAGACUAUCACAGAGAAGCAGACUGUCACAGAGCAGUAGUAUGUUACCCUCAGUUCAGGAAAGCACCAGUCCUGGUUGAUCUUAGUGUUGGAACUGAAAUGUGUUAAAUGCUUUGCCUUCUUGAAAUAACACUAAUUUUGAGUCAUCUUCUUAGUGUUUAAGCCAGAACUUUUAAAGUUGAUAAACAUAGCUGAGUUAUCCAUGCCACAUGUAGGUAGUACAACAUAAAAAUACCUGUUGGAGCAGUGAAGUUACAUGUAAAUAUGUUCUAUAACCUAAUUACUUCCAUCUGAGCCAGGAUACGUAGGCCAAAUAGUAGAGAAUUUCCUUGUAACUUCACUAUACCCUUGUGGCUUCUUGGUUCCCCCUAUUAAUGUGGUUUUUUUUCCCUAACAGAUGUGGCUUAGGUGAAUAUUUAAUCUACAAGUCAUGCCACUAUACAAGAGACUGUCAUGUCACAUACAGUAUCAUGUCACUUUGAAGUUACGCAAGAAGUGAUAAAAACCUUAAUUAACAGUCAUUACUCUGAGAUGAGGUGUCAUGUUAGGCAUACUGUUUGCAUAAUAUAUUGAUUACCUUAAGUGCUAAUUGGAUGCAUUUUUAAAAAAUUUUUAAAAUAUAAAACCAUUAUGAUGAGGGCUGAUUUUUUUUUUCUUCUUUGGCUAAAAGGACACUGCUCAGUAUGUUUGUUUCUGAUUAUUUUUUGUCCUGUCUUUCAUGGUGAUGUCCUAAUCACAUCUCUUCAACAGAUCUGUUCCUUUUCAAUUUUUCUAGUCAAGGCCAGAAAUUUGUUCCUUUAUUCCUAAAUUGAAAAUCUGCAAGGAGGGGAAACAAACUUUAAAAAAAAAUAUUUUCAACACUGUGUAAGAGGGCGCAUGCUUGUAUAUGUUUCAGUAUUAUGUUCCUUUCUGCUCAGAAUCCUGAUAGAAAACAGAGGCUUCUGCUCUACAGAACAGAGGUUUUUAAGUUUGGCUUAAGCUCCUCUUCUUUGAACUCGCUUACUUCUAAAAGUGCAUGAACUGUCAAAGUUCUACCCUGUUCCAAGGCAGAUAUGUUUAAAGAUUAAACACUGCUAUUCAACAAAUAAUUUGAAAAUAAAAGUCUUUGUGUGGCUAAAAGUAAAAACCCACAUGCUUUCAUUUCCACAUUGUACCAUUUAAUUUUUGACAAAAUUUGUCUUUUUUGAUUCUUUGCUUUCAUUACGCUUUUCUUAGGUAGAAUAUGAUUAUUUACUUGAUUUUCAAGCUUCUGGAAAUAAGACAGAGGUUAGCUGAAUGUCAGUUAAGCUGAUGCUGAGUAGUAUAUCUGUCUGUAAUACUACCAGGUUAGUGCCCCUUACACAGAUGAAAUGUGCUGUUCUGUUUUUUUGGUUUUUUUUGUUUUUUUUUUUUAAAGCAGUGGAGCUCUUUAUUUAUGGUUGAGUGUCAGUAUCCUAUGUUCUGGUGGUUUUUUUCCUUACCACUCCAUGUUGUCACAGGUGCCAUUUUUGUAUGUUCUCUGAAACUAUUUUUACAUAUGAUAUAAUACAAUGAUGUGCUUUUAUUUCUGGCCUAGAAAAUUCUGUUGGUUUGUUUUUUUUUUUCCUUGGAGCAUUCUGCUUUUAAAUUGCAACAGUCACAUAAAAGAGUUGGAAGCAAAAUAAUCUUGUGAUUGAGAUGUGUUUUUUCUUCAGUCCCAUUUAUGAGUUCUUAGAAUUUGCCAUUUGUACUGUAAUGCACGGGGAUAAUUGUGUAUUAUAGAAUUUGAUCAUUGUUUUAUUUAGUUUUAUAUGCAGGGGGAAAUGCUCAAGGUGUUCGUGAGUGUAUUUUAGGUCACUAUUAAACUAUACAUGAUAACAAAUGUAAAAUAAAAUGCUGCAUAAUCUUCAGUGUAAAACUUCUUUAUAUGGAGUUUGAUAAAUGUAAAACGUCCUGCAUUUUUUAAUGUGUUAUAUUCUGAAACUGGUUGCCCAGAUGGUUGAGAACGGGAAGUUUCAUGUCCCUGUGUGCACUUCCCACAAUUUUCAGUGUAUGUAGUGGACUGGGGGUUUUGGAUAUUAAAGCUUGCUGUAAGGCUUGA